AUGGUAUUCUUCUUGAUCCGAACGUUGUCUGAAUGGACUGACAGCUUCCAGCACUUUGUCAACGGCACGAAAAUGGCGCUAAAGUUUCUGAAGAAAAAGACCACCAAGCUGAAGAGCUUCCUGAGAGAGUACAGCAUCUCCCUCUACCUGUCGCCCUGCCCGUUCAUCAUCAACAUGUACGGGAUCGCCUUCGAAACCGACGACUACUACAUCUUUGCUCAGGAGUACGCGCAGGCGGGAGAUCUGUUUGACAUCAUCCCUCCACAGGUGGGACUUCCUGAGGCGGUGGCGAAGCGCUGCGUGCACCAGGUAGCCAUUGCUCUUGACUACCUGCACUGCAAGAAGCUGGUGCAUCGUGACAUCAAACCCGAGAACGUCCUCAUUUUUGACCGAGAGUGCAGAAAGGUUAAGCUGUCAGACUUCGGCAUGACACGACGCGCCGGAUCACCAGUGAAGCGCGUGAGCGGAACCAUCCCGUACACGGCACCGGAGCUGUGCGACACUUCCCGACAUGAGGGGUUCUGCGUGGAUUACAGCACAGACGUGUGGGCAUUCGGGGUGCUGCUCUUCUGCAUGCUGACAGGAAACUUCCCCUGGGAGAAGGCCAUGCCCAAUGAUGCCUUCUACGAGGAGUUUGUCCGCUGGCAACGCCGUCGGACCGCCGCCGUGCCGUCGCAGUGGCGCCGCUUCACCGAUGAAGCCUUGCGAAUGUUUCGUAGGCUCCUUUCGAUCGAGCAGGAUCGCCGCUGCUCUGUCAAAGAAGUCUUCAGUUACUUCAACCAGUGCUGGAUGCUGGAUACCGAGAACGGGAACUGUAAUGGCAGCAGCGGGGCUUUGGCGAGUAGCGCGCCUCCUCUGGACAUCAGCUCAUCGUCAUCAGAAGAGGACGUACUUGUGGACAGACUGAAGCAACAGAGCCUGUCGCCUGCCUGCGUGGCGGCAAAGGGAGGGAUCAUGAUGGACACCCAGUACUCCUCCAUGUCCACCAACAGCUCGCCGUCCUCCACCGGCAGCUACGAGCGAGUUAACAGAGAGAACAACGAAAGAGGGCGCAUCCUGGUGACCACGCCCAUUGAGAUCUGCGUGUAGAGACGGCGCAGCGCUGCCUUCGUGCUACCUGCUCACGCGUGUGUGCUGACGAAAAAGAUUUCUCCGAGCGGGAGAAAGAGGUGCGGCGAGCGAUGUUUGGCAUCGGGAAACGAACGACAGUCUGACGUAUGUUGUAGCUUUGUCGUGGAUUUGCUCAUUUCUGAUGAAGAUGAACUCUGAGGAAAUGACCCGCGACACUCACACAGCUGUAGCUUCCUGUGUGUGGUUUCAGUUACAGGAUUAAAAAAAAAAAAAGCAACCAAGAAAAGCUGAGGACAGGAAAACAAAGAAAAGCAAACAUAAUCCACAAGCAAUAGGUUAAAAAAAUAAAGAAAAGAGAAACUGAAGAAGACGACGAACAUGGUUUGUGUGUAACGAGACCGUGACUUUGUGUUUAACGUGCUAGUUAUGUUCACAUUUGGUAGAUUUGUUCAUGUAAAGCGUUUUUUAUUUGAAGUUAAUUUAUUUAUUUAUGUCACAUAAAUUUAUUUAGUAUUUAUUUUAUCAAGUGGGACCACAGAGCUGAAGAUUGUUUUGUUCUUCUUUUUUUUU